GGGCCUCUGACGUGGACGGACAGCCGCAUGUGUGCGCCCAAGGUAGCCAAGUCCCAGAAUGUCGAGCUUCGGCUGGACUUCUCGGCCUCGCGCAACAUCUCUGUCUUCCAGGACAUCAAGGACGACUACGCCCACGACGGCAAAGACGUCCACAUCAGUGGCGAUGUGAUUAUCCGGCGCUCGGGUGCUGGGACCCCUGGGCCGUCGAUCAAGGUGCAGACUAUAGUCAACGACCGCAGUCUCAAACUCGAGCUCGACUGGGACGACGACGAGCAACGGCUGAAGAUCUGGACGCCGCGCUCUAUCUCAUGGAGUGACAGCCUCUCGUCACCCUGUGCGGUAGUCCAGGCGACCAUUUGGGUGCCAGCAGACAGCAUCCUCGACAAGCUCAGCGUCGAGACCGUCCACCUCGGCGUCAAGCUGCUAGACAACCUGUCGCUGCAGCUGCGAGGCUCUACCCGGCUGGCCAGCACGGUUGGUUCCGUCGUCGCCGCCACAGACGGCGUGAAGGACAAGGCUGACCUCAUGCAUAAUGCGCCGCCUACCACCUUCAACCUGGACACGCGCAACGUCGAGAUCAAGACCAUCUCAGGUAACAUCAUGGGCUCCUGGCCGCUGUAUGACUAUCUCGGCCUCGAGACCAUCUCCGGCUCGAUCCACGCGGGCGUCCGGCCCAAGGACGCGCUUAAGGACAGACCCCGCCCCGCAAUUUUGUAUGCGAAGUCCAUCUCGGGUAACAUUGAGGUGUACGAGCCCAUCACCGAGGCCACCGCCACCCGGGCCCUGCAGGAGAAAGGAGCCAGUAUUGCCAGCGGGCCAGAGGACCUUAUCCCGCCGCGAUCCUACGGCGUUGACCUGCAGAGCAUGUCAGGCACGGUGAAAGCCAGCGUGGCGUUUGGCACUUCGUUUAAGACGCACACCACCUCGGGCAAGAUGGACCUGACCUUGCUGCCGGUCUUGGACCAGACACAAGCCCUCGACACAUCGUCUACGAGUGGUGACACGACGGUUGGCGUGCUCGAGCAGCCCGGCCAACCCAUCCUUCCAACCGGUGCCGCUCAUAUGAACUCGCCACCCCUCCGUGUACUCUCUGGCAAACAUACAGCCACCAGUGCCCGGAUCCGUGUGACCUACCCAUCAUCCUGGGAAGGGUUCAUCGACGCCGACACCCUGUCCGGCAAGAUCAACGUCGGAGGCGAAGGGGUCGAGAUCAUCCGCCGGCGGGAAGAUGGGUUCCCUGGUAUCAAGAAAGCUGUGCUGGCACACAAGGGGAGUAUCGAGAAGGGAGGGGGUAUUAAGGCGCAUACUACAAGUGGGGACAUCCGCGUGGCGAUUGGGUCGUUGUGAGCGUAGUGACUCGGAAGGGAAAAGCAGACAGACGAUAAGCGUUUGAUGAAAAGGAAAUUCCUGAAACUUUGCUGAGAGGUUUAUUGAUGAUCUCGGAAGCUUGAAGCAUGGGGCCAAAUACUGUGAACGUUUUCUUCAAGAGAAAUACAUCAGAGGUGGAAUUUCAAGGUUGCCGGUUGUUGGGGGUAAACAAAUUCACCGGCGUUAAUUCCUUAUACAAAGGGAGAAGGCAGUUUCUACAUGAGCAUUAGUACCAUCCAUACGAGGUAUUUGUCCAGGAGUUUCUACUUUGGAUUAGGAAAGAAUAUAUGACUAAUUAAUC